ACCUAAAUCAUCUCUCUCUCUCUCUCUCUCGUUCGUCCAAAGUCACCUUUCUGUUUGUCAACAUCACCAGCGAACCCUAAAAGUUCUCUUUGCCAGUUUUCGUGAUCUUGAACAGUGGUUAUUCCUUCGUAUAGGGCAAUUCAAAGGUGAUUUUGGGAUUGUCUUCGAAGCAAUUUCAAGUUAAAGAAACUUCCAUCGAGUGAAACGAAUCUUCGUUACAAGAGCCUAGUAUUCGAGUUUGUACAUCAGCAAGAGAGAAACAUGGCAACUCACCUCACUCAAAGUCAAAGGCGGCUGAUUAUUCAGGAUGAAAACUUGGACAUCCACCACCAAAAGGCUGUGACUAAUGGAAAAAGUACGAUUUCUAAGCUGGCUCUUAACAAAGGUGGAAUGGGCUUUGGAAAUCAGGCUGUGACAAAUGGAAAAAGUAAGAUUUCUAAGCCGGCUCUUAACGAAGGUGGAAUGGGCUUUGGAAAUCAGGCUGUGACUAAUGGAAAAAGUAAGAGUUCUAAGCCGGCUCUUAACAAAGCUGGAACGGGCUUUGGAAAUCGUAAGGCUCUUAAUGACAUUACGAACAAGUCAUCACUUCAUCCUGAAACAUCAUCAAGGAAAAAAAACUUACCUAAAGAUGUGCCCUGUGAUUUUGCUGAGGAAAUGUUUCUGCAUGAUCACAAGAAGUGCAUUGAGGCGCGACUAACAACAAUAAGUCCUUCUUGUUUCUUGGACAUGGUUUUUCCAGGACAUGAUUCUGGAUCAUCUGUUGAAUUUCCCGAGUCUAAACUAGCAAAGGACUCUCCGCCUUCCUCUCCUUUGUUUCUGUUUGUCCAGACUGACAUUGAUAGCCCCUGCAGAUACCCAUCAACAAAUUGGGACUCUCUGCCUUCCUGUCCUUUUGCAUGGGAGUUCGAGCCGGUUGAAUUUCAACUGAAGCAAGAAGAUUGUUGAAUGUGAAUUUGGUCAGAUGAUUGUUGAAUGUGAAUAUGGUUCUCUUUAGCUGUUGAAUUUGGUCAUCUUGAAUGAAAUUUAUGGUUUAUUUCCAAUUAGGUAUUCUUAAGUUGUUGAACUUCGCUGAUGCACGGACUGAUAUCUGAGAUUUUCAGGAACCUGGAACUGUAUCUGGGAAAGUUUACUCCUGCAUUUUAUCUAACCAUGUUCUAAAAUCUUAAGCAGGGUCAUCCUUUAAAGAGACUAGAGGACUUUGGUCAUCUUGAAUGGAAUUUAUGGUUUAUUUUCACCUA